AUGGACCACCAGGAGCCCUACUCCGUGCAGGCCACCGCGGCCAUCGCGGCGGUCAUCACAUUCCUCAUCCUUUUCACCAUCUUUGGCAACGCGCUAGUCAUCUUGGCUGUGUUGACAAGUCGCUCGCUGCGCGCCCCGCAGAACCUGUUCCUGGUGUCGCUGGCUGCCGCCGACAUCCUGGUGGCCACGCUCAUCAUCCCUUUCUCGCUGGCCAACGAACUGCUGGGCUACUGGUACUUCCGGCGCACGUGGUGUGAGGUGUACUUGGCCCUCGACGUGCUCUUCUGUACCUCGUCCAUCGUGCACCUGUGCGCCAUCAGCCUGGACCGGUACUGGGCUGUGAGUCGUGCGCUGGAGUACAACUCCAAACGCACCCCACGCCGCAUCAAGUGCAUCAUCCUCACUGUGUGGCUCAUCGCAGCCGUCAUCUCCCUGCCGCCGCUUAUCUACAAGGGCGACCAGGCGCCCCAGCCUCGUGGACGCCCGCAGUGCAAACUCAACCAAGAGGCCUGGUACAUCCUGGCCUCUAGCAUUGGAUCCUUCUUCGCACCCUGCCUCAUCAUGAUCCUCGUCUACCUGCGCAUCUACCUGAUCGCCAAGCGGAGCCACCGCAGAGGCCCCAGGGCCAAGGGUCGCCCUGGGGAGGGUGAGUCUAAGCAGCCCCACCCAGUCCCUACUGGAGCGUCGACCAAAGUGCCAACCCUGGCCUCUCUGGCUGCUUCUGGAGAGGCCAACGGACACUCCAAGCCCAGUGGGGAGAAAGAGGAGGGGGAUACUCCUGAAGAUCCUGGGACCCCUGCCUUGCCACCCAGCUGGUCAGCCCUUCCCAACUCAGGCCAAGGUCAGAAGGAAGGUGCUUGCAGUGCAUCUCCAGAGGAAGGAGAGGAAGAGGAGGAAGAGGAAGAGGGUGAGCCUCAGGCCUUGCCAGCAUCUCCUGCCUCUGCCUGUAGCCCACCCCUGCAGCAGCCACAGGGGUCCCGGGUGCUGGCAACCCUUCGUGGCCAGGUGCUCCUGAGCAGGGGUGUGGGCACCUCCAGCGGGCAGUGGUGGCGGCGGCGGGCGCAGCUGACCCGGGAGAAACGGUUCACCUUUGUGCUGGCUGUAGUUAUUGGCGUUUUCGUGCUCUGCUGGUUCCCCUUCUUCUUCAGCUACAGCCUGGGUGCCAUCUGCCCACAGCACUGCAAGGUGCCCCAUGGCCUCUUCCAGUUCUUCUUCUGGAUCGGCUACUGCAACAGCUCACUGAACCCUGUCAUUUACACCAUCUUUAACCAGGACUUUCGCCGUGCCUUCCGAAGGAUCCUUUGCCGCCAGUGGACCCAGACGGCAUGGUGAGCCACCUGCCUGCCGCCCAUGUGGGGUUGGUGCCAGGUGGCACCAGGACCGGUCUGAUUCUUGUCCUGUUUUAUGUGGCUGCCUCCCUGGGGCUUGCUGGUCCCUGCCUGGGUUCUGCAGGCUUCAUCUUGGGAGCCCCAUGGGAGGGGCA